AACUGCCUGCAGAAAAACCCAAACCAUCUCCCUCACGCUGCCGCCGCUGUUGCACACUUCCGGCAGCAAUGAAGUUUCGCAUUCGGCCGCCGCCUGUUGGCAACUUCUGCUACCAGUUGGAUCGUAAAGAUUUGUCGGACGACGCGAAGAUCGCUCUGCUAAGGAAGGUGUUAAGGAGGACUCGAGUCGAUACGGAUCCACUGUUCACCGAUGAUAUGGACGACGAUGACGACGGAGAGGAGGAGGAGGAGGAGACAAAGAAGGUGAUGGGUGAUAAAAAGGGGGAUCAGGGUAUCGCGAAACGCCACCACAGGCGGCCCCUCUUGAAGGCGAGCCGGUAUGCAAGAUGCCAAGAAUCGGAGAAGAACCCUCUCAUCAGCCUGGAGAAGCACCCAAGAACCCGAAAUCCCCUCUGGUUUGAUGAUGCAGACAUGAGAAUACAACUGAAUAAUGUAGCAAUAAUAUUGUUGGAGAAUACUGCAGUAAUAAAUUUCACUGCUUGCAGAGUUCCUACUCUCAUUUCAAAAAAAAAAAAAAACCGUGCCUAG